AAAAGGGAGAGAGAGAGAAAGGGAGAGAGAGAGGGUGGUUGUAAAACUGAGUUUUCAGCUGUAGACUCCGCAGCAGAGGACAGCUCUCCCUGGAUGAACUGAGAAAACUCCAGACUCCGACUGGUCUGUUCUCAUUGGAGGAACCACAGGGACAGAGCUCAGCGUCAACUCAGAGCAAGCACGAGAAGACACACACACACACACACACACAGACAGAGGUACAGGACGGAGUGAUGGAGCCCUUUCUGUCUGCUGAUAUGGAGGGAGAAGAGGGGAAGGACAGGAGGAAGAUUCAGUUCUCCGUUCCAUCAGCGGUACCGACCCAGUUGGAUCCACGUCAAGUAGAGAUGAUCCGACGCAGGAGACCGACCCCUGCUACGCUCUUCAGACUGACGGAUCACCCUUCUCCCGAGGAGGAACUCUGCAGCCUGCAGAUGGCUACUGGAGAAAAUGGCAUCCUUAAACCAAAGAGACAAAACAUUGCAGUCUAUCAGCCUCCAUCACUGAAAGCUGUUCAGAGGAUGGCUGAGGCCCACAUGCACAACCUGGACGGCUCACCAGAGGGGGGCGAUAAAGAGGACGGCACCUUACUGGGCCUGGAGACUGAUGGGGACUCUCUGGAGGGCAGUGGUUUUGACCAAUCAGCACAGCUGCUGGGCCCAGGGGUCAGGACAGAGGAGUUGCCCAACAUCCUGCAGACAGGGCCUCCACACAAGGAAGAGGAUGGCGUGAAUGACAAAGAAGUGACGAAGGGGAGAGAGGCAGACUGACACAACAACAAACAAACAAACAGACAAACAAACAACAAACAAAAAGAAAGAAAGACAACAAUCUCGCAGAGAUAACAGGGAGGGAUUGGGGGACUGUGGUCACAUGACGACCUUACAUGACUAUUGCGCAAUCACAGCUAGAGAGCACAGAAAUACGUUACUCUACAGGAGCCUGCGAGCACAGGAUUACACACGUGUGGUGGCGUGAUGUCAACAUGUGUGUGUGUGUGUGUGUGUGUGUGUGUGUGUGUGUGUCUAGCAGGAGGAGGGGUGUGAGAGUGCAAAUAUAAAGAAGUGGGGGAUUGUUGAGUUUUUGAUUGAUUUUUGAUGUAUGUUUUUGCAGCUAUUAGGAAAUGUCAAAUAUGUAAAGAUUUGUAAAACAUUUCAAUUGGACAUUUUAGAGACGGUAAAAAGUACACAAAGAAAGAGAAAGACAGGGAGAGUGAG